AUGCCCUUGAGCGCCACCCUGGUGCGCUGCCUUUGUGUCUCGUGUGCCCCACGGCUGGCUGGCUUUGCGCAAGGGAAGCCCAGCCGACCCGUCCUGGGUGGAGCUGGCAGCCAAAUUGUCCUGCUGGAUUUUGCCCGGUCUCAGGGGGACCUGGGCUGGCUCAACCAUCCCUACGGCAAAGGGUGGGACCUUCUCCAGAACGUGAUGAACGAGACCCUCAUCUACAUCUAUUCGGUCUGCAACGUGAUGGAGGGCGAUCAGGACAACUGGCUGAGGACCAACUAUAUCUACCGCGGGGAAGCAGAGCGCAUCUUCAUUGAGCUCCACUUCACCGUCCGGGACUGCAACAGCUUCCCCAGUGGGACGGGCGCCUGCAAGGAAACCUUCAACCUCUACUACGCGGAGUCGGACGUGGACUACGGCACCAACUUCCAGAAGCGGCAGUUCCGCAAGAUCGACACCAUUGCCCCCGACGAGAUCACCGUGCGCGAGGACUUUGCCGCCCGCAACGUCAAGAUCAACGUGGAGGUGCGCUCGGUCGGGCCCCUCGGGCGCAAGGGCUUCUACGUGGCCUUCCAGGACAUCGGGGCCUGCGUGGCCCUCCUCUCCGUCCGGAUCUACUACAAGAAGUGCCCCGGCGUCCUCCACGGCAUGGCCCAGUUCCCCGAGACCAUCGCCGGUGCCGACUCGCAGGCUUUGGCCAAGGUGCGGGGAGCGUGCGUGCCGGACGCGGUGGCGGACGUGGAGCCCACCAUGCACUGCAAUUCGGACGGGGAGUGGCUGGUGCCCAUCGGGGCGUGCCUCUGCCGCCAGGGCCACCAGAAGGACGGGGACGGCAGCUGCAGAGCCUGCCCCGCUGGUUUCUUCAAGCCAGACAUCUCCAACAGCGCCUGCUCCGCGUGCCCCCCGCACACACUGCCGUCUGCCGUAGGCGCCACCGAGUGCCCCUGUCAGGAGGGCUAUUUCCGGGCCGUGGGCGAUCCAGUCUCUCUGCCCUGCACACGGCCGCCCUCCGCUCCCCGUGGUGUCCGAGCGAUCGGUUUGGGUGCCAAGGUGCGGCUGCACUGGUCCCCGCCUCAGGACACCGGAGGCCGCCAGGACAUCACCUACCGCGUGACGUGCCAGCAGUGCUGGCCGGAGUCGGGGGAAUGCCGGCCCUGCGAUGCCUCCGUCCGGUACUCGGAGCCGGUCCAGGCCGUGAGCGGCACCUCCCUCGCCGUCAGCGACCUGGAGCCGCACGUGAACUACACCUUCACGGUGGAGGCCCGAAACGGCGUGUCGUCCUUCAGCACGGAGCGGAGUUUUGCGCUCACCAGCAUCAGCGUCAACCAGACGGAACCCCCCCGAGUGACCUCUGUCACCCUGGAUAGCCGCACGGCCACCAGCCUGAGCCUGUCGUGGAGCGUCCCUCCCCGGCAGCAGAGACACGUCUUGAAGUACGAGGUCACGUACAGGAAGAAGGAGGAUGAAAGCAGUUAUUCGGUGGUUCGGUGUGAAGGCAGCUCCGUGACCCUGCCGAAGCUGACCCCGAGCACCAAGUACCUGGUGCAAGUUCAGGCUUUGACCCAGGAGGGACACGGGCCCUACAGCAAGGACCACGAGUUCGAGACACUUGAUGAAGGCGCCGAUGGCACAAACUCUGCCGCCGUUCUCGGGGGCUCCAUUGCUGGCCUCGCCUUCACGGCUUUUGUGGUGCUGGCCAUCGCCCUGCUCGUUCGCCGGAGGCCUCCUGGCGCCGAAAAGGACCUGGAAUUAGGACCGCGUCGCGAGGGUUCCGGUCGUGUUGGCAGAUUGUGCCAGCACUGGGGUGGGGGGGUGCAGGACCGUGAAUUUGGGGAGGUCUACAAGGGGAGGCUGAAACACGGCAAGGAGGAUCUGCCGGUGGCCAUCAAGACGCUGAAGUCGGGCUACACGGAGAAGCAGCGCGUCGACUUCCUGAGCGAGGCCGGCAUCAUGGGCCAGUUCGGCCACCCCAACAUCAUCCGCCUGGAGGGUGUGGUCUCCAAAUCCAAGCCUGUCAUGAUCAUCACGGAAUACAUGGAGAAUGGCGCACUGGAUCGAUUCCUGCGGGAGAAGGAUGGGGAGUUCUGCGUCAUCCAGCUAGUGGGCAUGUUGCGGGGCAUUGCCGCGGGCAUGAAGUACUUGGCCAGCAUGAACUACGUCCACCGGGACUUGGCUGCUCGCAACAUCCUUAUCAACAGCCAGCUGGUCUGCAAAGUCUCCGACUUUGGUCUCUCCCGGGUGCUGGAGGAGGACGGCGACGCCACCUACACCACCAGCGGUGGGAAGAUCCCGAUCCGCUGGACGGCACCCGAGGCCAUCUCGCACCGCAAGUUCACCUCCGCCAGCGACGUCUGGAGCUACGGGAUUGUGAUGUGGGAGGUGAUGUCCUGCGGGGAGCGGCCCUACUGGGAGCUCUCCAACCACGAGGUGAUGAAGGCCAUCAACGAGGGCUUCCGGCUCCCGGCCCCCAUGGACUGCCCGUCCGCCAUCUACCAGCUUAUGAUGCAGUGCUGGCAGCAGGAGCGGAGCCGCCGGCCCAAGUUCAGCGACAUCGUCAGCAUCCUGGACAAACUCCUCCGCUCUCCCGACUCACUCAAGACCUUGGCGGACUUUGACCCUCGGGUCUCCAUCCGCCUGCCCAGCACCAGUGGCUCUGAGGGGGCCCCUUUCCGAACCGUGCACGACUGGCUGGAGUCCAUCAAAAUGCACCAGUACGCAGAGCACUUUGUGGCUGCCGGCUACGAUGUCAUUGAGAAGGUGGUCCAGAUGACCGACGAGGACAUCAAGAGAAUCGGGGUGCGCCUCCCCGGGCACCAGAAGCGCAUCGCCUACAGCCUCCUGGGCUUGAGGGAGCAGGUCAGCACCGUGGGCAUCCCCAUCUAAGGCCGCGGGGGGGGGGGGGCUGAGUCCCUCCUGCCUGCCGGUGGCGGCUCUGUCCUCGUGAAGGAGUGCGGACCCACCCGGCAUCUCCCCACACACACACACACACACACACACACACACCUGUUUCCUGGGACGUACUUGAAGUGGCAGAUCAGGGCGCCGUCUCGCCAGGGCCCGCUGCCCACCUGGUGCCAAAGGGAGUCAAGGGAGCACCUUCCGCCGCCACCUCUUCUUCAGCCCAGCCUCCGUAUUUAUUGCUUCUCCUUCCUUCUGCUCUGGGCACAGAGGACAGAGGAGGCGCCAGGCCGGGGAGGGGGCGGGUGUGCCGGCCAGUCCUGUGCUCUCUGGCGGUCCGUGGCCACUUUGCUCUCUCUGGUGCUGCUGCUGCCGCCUUGAGGAUGCCAGAAGUUGCCCCCCCCCCCCCGCUGUGGUCCCCCGCUGCUCAGUCCUAGGCCAGGCCCCACCCGUCAAACCUGAAACCGGCUCAGUUACCUCCUCCUCCUCGUGGCCGGUGGGCGGCCUCCUGCUCUAGACAAGGGAACGGAGUGCCCCCCCCCCGGAGCCCCGCAUCUUCCCGGUUCCUGGAGGGCUGCUGGCAGCCUUGAGCCACAGGCCCACUUGGCUUCGCCCCGCCCAGGAGCCACGGGCGCCACAGCUCCCCCUCCCCAGCUUGGGUCCAACUGUGGCUGGCCUGGGUGGUGUGUGUGGGUCAGCAUGGCCACGGGCUCCCAUGGCUGGCAUCGCAAGGGGGGGGGCUGAGGGCUCCUCUGUCUGGGCCCUUUCCUUUGUCUUCCUCCUGCGUCAGGCAGCCAACGGGGCUGAAUCCCGCUGGGGCCCCCCUCCC